AUGUUUUGGUCCGCAGUCUUGGAUCUCAAGACGCAACGGCCACCGACUCGGUCCUACGGAUCCUUUAAUCGUCCUACUAGCACCAGCACCAGCACCUUCCACAUUCCACAGAGUAUUCCGGAACACCAGCCAAUAUCACAAUUCACAUCACCAUUACCCGAUCGAUUUCGUCUUGAAGAGUAUAUUGAGCGUCCUGAUACGGUUUCUGCUCGUACCCAAGCAUCACUACAGCUUUCAGAACAGACGCAAACGGCACUUAAGUUAUUACUUCAACGCGAACGCGAGUCAAAAAAUACGAUUCAACCUCAAGAUGUGCGAGCUAUGAAUCGAAUGAAGAAGACGCGCAACGAUUUACCGGAACGUAUGCCAUUGCUUCAGUCAAUUGAUAUUGAUUCUGUCUAUAAUCAAGAAGAACCAAAUCCGCAAGAGAGCAGUAAUGAGCAUAAUUAUUGGAUGCAAGAGUUAGAGCGACGACGUGCUGGAUUACGUAAAAGCAGACGUCGAACUUGUACUUCCAUGUCUGAGAGAGCAACGACAUCACCUUUUAAAGUGGGUCUAGUCAUGUGUUCCGUGCCUUUGGUGCUUAUGUUUGGCUUUGUGCUUUUUGUAUUUCUAUCUGGCACUCGAUAUGAGACUGCGAAGGAAUCUGUGAAGGAGUUUGUGGGCAUGGGAACAGUAGGAAAGCAGGACGAAAAGAGUAUCAACACAAUUACUCGUGACAAUCAGGUCGUGAUGAAUUGGAAGGUUUCAAAAAGGCUUCGUAGCGUAGUAAGAGAGUAG